CAGUAUAGACGGCAGUCACUUUGGUACGCGAGUCAGUAGCCCAUGAGCGCUCGUUCAGCGAGCAUCGUUAGUCGCACGCAAGCGGGAUUUAUAAAAUGUCACCCCGUGAACGAAUAUCGAGCGUGAGAGAAUUCCACUCAAUCUAAUAAUCAAAAUUUUCAUUUCAAUCUACCGAUAUUAAAUUAAACGUGUUGUGUGAAUUGUUUGACUCUUCGUACGCUGAUUCGAAAUUCAUUUUUUUAAAUUUCGGACAAAAUUUUGUCUUGCGUACGCUGAAGAACUUCUUUUCGUUUUGAUGAUAAAUUUCGUUCACUCCCGUGUGAGAAUUACUUGUUCAAACGUGCACGAAGAGUGCCGAGAGUCCGUCAUUGUCGUUGUUUUUUUUUUGAGAGGGGAAGAGAGAGAAAAUUUGAAAUCAAUUGUCAAAUUUAGUUGAGUAAAUCCAGUGACUGGAUUUAUAAGGACUCCCGACACUGUCGUUGAGGGAACGAGGAGAGUAAAUUUCUAUGCGAGAGGGAGUGACCAGCGAGCAGAGGAGAAAAAAAAAUCCCCGCGGCAACGACACACGAGAGAGCGAACGAGUGUCUUUUCGUCAGUCACGCGCGAGCUUCGAGCCGGCAAGGAGCUCUCAAAAACAUUGACAUUGUGUUAUUGAGAGGCACAUUACAACAGGGGCCGCAGGCGAGCUCCCCACGCAUAAUCGAGAAGAGAUCGUUCUUACAAACAUUGAUAUCUCAUUCGUUAAAUUGAACUGGUGAACUCUCGUUGAAGAAAUAAUAAAUAAACAGUGAGAAUAUUUCCCUGGGGGAAGGGGGAAAUUGAAUAAUUCAAGUGUGGAAAUUUAUUCCUUGUGAUUUGAUCGACGUUAGUGAAGUGACUUAGGCCCCGAAAUGGUGCCACAACAGCAGGACAAUCCCACAAACUCCGGGAUGCCCCUGUUUGGAUCUCUCCUCGUGGAUAAAAAUUCAUCAACACCGUAUUCAGAUGCAACUCAGACGAAAAAAAAUAAUCCCAAUCACAUCAAAAGACCGAUGAAUGCAUUCAUGGUAUGGUCUCAGUAUCAACGUAGAAAGAUCUGUGAGGUUGAACCCGAUAUGCACAAUGCUGAAAUAAGCAAACGUCUUGGACGUCGUUGGAAGACCCUGAGUGAGGUAGAGAGAAGGCCUUUCAUUGAGGAGGCGGAGAGAUUGAGGAGAUUGCACAUGAUUGAGUAUCCCGACUAUAAGUAUCGUCCAAGAAAAAAGGCAACCAAACCAGCAACGCCAAAAAUCAAAGAAGUCAAAAAAACAAAGAAAUCACCAACCUCAGCCACAACUGGUCCAACAGUACCAGCAACAACCACGGUAUCACCUAAAUCGAGAAAUGACUCGAACAAUAAUAGACAGUCACCUGUUAAAAGGCUCCAGGCACAGACCACAACAAAUUCUGUAUCAAGGCUCAAGAUAAGAUUAGCACUUGACAAGAGGCCGUCACAAGUCGAUUAUACACCAGUGCCACCAAUCAUUACUGCCAAAGUACCCAGCAGUCCAUCUUGCGAUACACCUGACUCACCAGAAUCAGCGAGCUUUUAUGAAGACAAUUUCCAGGACUGUGUCACAACGAGUAUCGUGACAACGACCAGUGUACCUGGUGCUUCACCAGGUCUGAUAACUGGACAAAAGAUAAAACAGGAGUCAUCUGAUCUGGAUUAUCAUGAAUUUACGAUGAGUGACAGGCUGUUGUCCUCGGUGCGUGGCCACUCGGAUAUGGAUACCUUGACGAGGGACUUCCAGUGUUCGUCCAAUAAUAAUUGUCAUCUUGAUAAUUUUAUGAUUGUCAAGGAGGAGCCCAUGGAUAGCCCGAGUCAGUCCGCAAAUGUCAUGUUACCGACUUUACAUUCUUGCAACAACCACGCUGAUAAAAUGGAGGAGCACAGAACUUCCACAGGAUCAGCAGACGGCAGCCUAGACGACCUUGAUCGUCUAACGGAUCUGUUUCACAUGACGUCCGGCCUGGACAUCGAUAUGUCGAGUCUUGAUACAUUUGAAACGGCAAGCUCAAGCAGCGGUUCGCCGUUUGAAUUCACAUCGGCACCAGAUGUGACUGAUAUACUCUCAGACAUUGGUCUUAACAAUGCGUGGGGCAGCUUUUGAGACGACGACGAGGGUGUGGGUGAAGAGAAGCGGUAACGAUUCCAGUUGUCCUCGAGUACUUUGCUGUUCGAUGAUAAAUCACGACUAAUGAACUUCCGUGGGUCUCAUUCGGGAUACUUCCGAUUUUAUGGUGAUGAGGAAAGAGACGAGAGAUGAGAGAGAGAGAGAAAGAGAGAAUAGAGUGUUCCAAGUCCAUUCACUGCCCUCCCCGUCGUACUCUCCCAUCGAGUUUCUCUUCCGAAUUCUCGAUAACAGAGAAAUAGUUGAAAGAAAAAGAAAUAUAAAGUUGAAAAAUAAAUCUAGUGAUUAUCUCGAGAUAUAAUAUGGACUCGUAUUGAUUUUCCUUCUUCGCUCGUGAGAGUUUUGUCAUCCUUGUACAAUAGUUAUACCCUAUUUACUUCGAUUUCAGAGUAUAAAUAAAACGUUUUUGUAUAUGUAUUGUAGUAUACUAGUUUCAUAAGGAUACCAUUUUUGUACGAAAGAAAAAGUGGGCAAAAGUGUUGGUGAUGAGCAGCGGCAGCCGAGGACGAGGCGAGUAUUGAAGUAUUUUGUUGAUAACAAAAUAGUUGAAACUAAUGUGAAGUUUGAUUGAUAAAUGCGCCUUGUCUUCGGGUCGCGUGCUAUUUACCAUUCACGUAUCUCCCUCUAUUGUGUAUAUCGGUAGAAGCAUAUUCAGUAAUAUAUAACACUCCUUAGAAAGCAAUCCUAUGUUUUAAGUACUGAAAAGAUGUUGUUGCCGUUACGGGCGGUGAGUUUUUUGUGCUGUGCAACUUGUGUUGUACUUCAUUUUUAAGUCAUAUUAAUGAUUGAAGCUGAUUGACGAAACAAUAGUUGUUUCCAGUCAUUGGUAAUUGAGGGAAAAUUGAAUUUUCUGCGCAAAACGUGUAAUCCUUACAAUGGUAAUAAUUCAGUGAACUAAAUGGAUUGAAGAGACUAAUGGUUAUUAAUUUAUACGUGAGACAAUUCGUUUUCUUUUCUUGUUUUCAAAAGUGAAUAAAAUUAGCAGAAAUUUAAAGAAUUAUGAUUUUGAGUUGUAACUUUUCAGUAUCAGAGCAAUGAUUACAACUGGCUUAACUUACUUUCAAUAUUCCAUUUGAUUGCUGAAUUUUGAUGAUUAUGAUAAGGAUGAUAAGCGUUUAAUGAAUAAUCGUUAUGAUAGGGAAAUUAUUCGAUGAAACAGUCGACAAUUUGUUUUCAUUUAUCACUGUCGAGAGAUUACCCUCUCUUGUUUCUAGCGAGCGAACUUCGGAUUUUUUGAAAGGUUUUUAGAAUUGUUUUCAAACGUCGGAAUUAUAAUUUUGAUUUUCUUUAAUUCUUUAAUUCAAGAGAGCGUGGAGUGAAGUAUCUGGCUGACGAAACUAUAUUAUCAAACUUUGAUCUCAUGUUCUUUACAUUUACUUAAAUAAUUAAUUAAUUAAUGAACACUUUAUUCGUUAUUACUUAUCACACUAACACCGGCCUCCCGCUACCAUUUCCUUAUUAUCUAAGUGUAAUAAUUAUUAUCAUCUAUUGACUUUUUAUUUUUUUUUACCAUUCGUUUCAAUUCCUGCGCGUUUUGUUGAUUUUUUUUUUUAGUUCUCAUUUGCAGUUAGAUGUCGCACAUCACACGGAAAUUUGUUUCUCUUAUCGGAACUAUUGGACUCGGGAGAACAUCGAUGAUUACAUAAUAGGGAAAACAAACGAGAGAAUAAGAGAGUGGAGGUUUCAACAAAGUGGAGGCAACCCUUAAGAACAAUUUGUGGGGGAGGGGGAAGGGAGGCAUUCGGUAACUUGAUUCAGGGAUGUUUGGGGCAGGGGAAAAAUUACUAAGCGGAGUGAGAUUUACUGAAAAAAAUGGAGAAAUUUAUGAAACAAAAAUAGUGCCUAUCACUCUCGUUUUGACGAAGAAACUUUUGUACAAAAUUGAAUACAGGGCCAAAAGAAGAAUAACAGAUUAAUAUUAGACUCUAUUUACAAAUUGAGAUGAAAAGUAAAAAAAUGAAUUGAGAUGAAAAAAAUUAACAGAACAAUACACUAUUACACGAAGCAAUCACAUUUAAUAUCGAAAAAUUAAUAUUCACGGCGGGAGGGGGGCCGGGAGGGAGACGGGUUUGUUGUUGGAAAUUAUUUCGAGUCAGUUGAAAUGCGAUACUCCGUGGCAAGACAGCACUAAAGAUAUUACACAUGUAGCGAUGUGUAGCUGAAUAGGGAAAAUGGAAAGAAAAACCUCUACAAAAACAGGCUGUGAAUACUUUUGGAACAAAGCACGAAAAAAAAAAUUAUUGAAUCAGAUCAUGACAAGCAGAUGACUAGUUGGUGACAAGUUACAUGAAGUAAAACGUCCCAAUCAUUCAUUAAUUAACAAGGAACAACAAUAAAAGCUUAGGAUGUCGAUACUGCCAUUUGAAAAGAGGAAAUUAUUAACGAACACAAAAUAGUCGAGAUGUGAAAUUUCUUUUGGGCGCGCGUAAAACAUAUCAAUUUGAUUGCAAGCUGAACCACAAGCGUAUCCUCCCAAGUUUUAUCAUUUUAAUAGUUGAUUUUGUACUUUUAUUUGUCCUUUUUUAAAUCUUUCGUUCAUUUUUAUUUUUGCCCGACUCGAGAUUCGAAGAAAAACCUAUUGCGCUGAGGGAAUUUUAAUCUCGGAUAUGCCAAAUAUGAGUGAGGGAAAUGGCCAGUAGAUCUACCGUUCACGAGUUGAUAAUUCAUAAAUGUUUAAUGAAGUAAAUUUUAAAGGAGGGAGAAAACGGAGAAGAGUAAAUUCACGAGUCGUUGUUUUAUGUUACGCUUUUACGUGAUUUUAACGAAGCGUUGACGGUGAGGCGCAAUUUCUGGUGUUUUUUCUCAUUAUGGACAUUUGUGGGAUUGGGGAGGGGAGAAGUUUUGAGAUUGGAGGAUGGCAACGAAUGGUGGUUUUUUCAUUAACUAUUGAUUGUCGUAUUUUUAGGAUUUUUGGGUGCCAAAAAAGUUUGAAAAAAAAAAACAAAAUUGUAUGAGCGACUUAAGUCCGCUGAUUUAAGGGUGGGUUUUGAACUGUAAAUUGAGUGUUGAUACUUUUUUCAAAUUAAAAUUUAAAAGAAACAUACGAUAUCGAGAGAAUGUUUGUCACUAAAUAUUAAAAAUUACAUAAGGAAAAACAAUGAAAAAAAAAUUAAAAAAAAAAACAAAAAAAUCAUCUUUCUGUGGCUUACUUGUCCUUGUGAAACUACUUAUUUGCGCAAAUUGUGAUUAGAGAACAUAAUUAUUCAUAGUCUAUAUGGUAUUCGUAAUAAAACAUAAAUGAACAAGAAUUAAAGGAGCGAGAAGUGGAUGAAAAAUUCAUAAAAAUUACGAACACCUGAUUAUCGUCAGAGGCGCAAGCAACAGAACUUAUUAAGUGUGAUGUUUUCUGAAGGGGCGGAAAAAUUCUUUGAUCAAACAAUUGAAUCGAUGUUGACAAGUACAUAGACAAAAAAAAAACUAUUGAUGAGUUGACGAUGCUGACUUGAUCGAGGAAUGAAAAAGUUUCGAUUCUGACAAUUAAAUCGUCACUGGUGCUUCCGAAUAUCAAUUUACGAAUUGAUGAGUGCCUUUUCAUUCCUCGCACCAACUUCACAUCAUCUAUUAUUAAUGAGUAUCAUCCUAAGAAGUGUUCACUAAAGAACGCAUUUAAACUCAGAUAAAUAAACUCGAUUGGAUUCACUUGACGAGUUACAAAUCUAUGCUCAAAUACGUUAAGAUGUAUCUACUUUUUCCCCUCUACCCUCCACAACCCUUGCCUCCACCCCCACCCCCCUCGCCACUCCACGUUUCCACCUGUUAACAAUUAACGUCAUUUUGAACACUUCUAACUAAUGAUACUCACAUCGUGUUACAAUUAGGGUUUUCAAUUUUUAAAAGUCAUAUGAUUGAUAAACGGAUAGAUGUGUAGUAGUUUUUAACAAAUUCUUAGUAUGUAUAUAUGUCCAAUUUAAAGGCGAUGGGGGAGGAGUCAGUAUAAAACUUAAUUAUCAACUAUUUCUUUCUUUUCGUGUAGCAUAAAGAACCGUUGGCUUACUCAUAGAAUUGAAAAAACAACGCGAAUUUAAAAAAAAAUGAUGAACAAUUUUUCAUUCCUCCUGAUUCAUUUAUUUUAGAUAAACUUCUCGUAAUUCUGAAUGCCAUCACUUAUAGAAUCCGCCAUCACAGAAAAAUCAAAUCAAAUUUACCAUCGAUGAGAUAUUUUGGAUACAAUAAAUUGUAGAGCAGAAUUGAAAUUUUACGCUCACAGGAGCUCUCUCUCUCGUUUGCAGAAUGUGCUAUGUGGUGUAAUAAUUUGAUUGAAAAAAAAAAUUAUGUCAUUAACUAGUCCUUGCUAUAUCAACGAACUCAUUCCAUAUUUCGAUCUACGACACCUGCACAUGGAACGCUGAUUUGAACUGAAUGAUGACGAGUCAUACUCAAUUUUUGUCCGUUGAGGGCACAGUUGCAAUAUAGUCGAGUUCCAUUCGAUUUCGAAUUGUGGAAUGUGAUUCACCAAGUGGAAACAAAAAAAAAUAUUGUACAGGAUUGUUUUCACAGGGGAGAGAUAUAGCUACAAUGUGGAAAAUACACCAAAGUGCAAUAUUAUUUCUGCGAGAUUGAGGGGUGACUGUCCUGAGCGAAAAUUUCUACGUGAAAAACAAAAAGAAGCAUACAUUAAAAUGAAAAUAAUGAACAGAUGAUUGGCGUAUGUUUAUCUAUUUUUUUGCAAACAGAGUUACGAUAUUUAAUGGAAAAAAAAGGAUGGAUGAAUAUAAAACAAUAAACAGAGUCAUUUUAAAAAGAAAUCAUAAUGAAAGAGAAAAGUGACUAAAGAAAAACGUCUGACAGAACGUAGCAAUAUUUUUACACAAUGUAAAAUUCGCAAUGCCUAUAUGACUGUCGUUGGGUUCACCUUAUCGUUAAUAGAGAAAAAAUAAUAUUGAGGGAUUAUAUUGUUUUGUUCGCCUUUUUCUUUUACGCUUUUAUGUGAUUUUCCUUUAAUUAUUAUUAUUUGAGUCAACCUCACGAUUGUUUUUUUUUAUCCCCUCUUCUGUUCUACCGAGUCUCUCUUAUCUCUCUCAUUUCUUUUGUUUAUUAUUUCCACCGUAACAAAUCCCCUCGUUAUAUAUAUAUUUUUGUUUUCACGAAAGAAAAUGGAUGAUUCGAUUAAUUCAUUAAUCCAGAUUCGUUUUUAUUAUUUUUCAAUGUAAACCAGUGGACGCGUGCUACACUGGAUUAUACACAGAUUUUAUCAGUAAAAAUGUAAUGAAAGAUGAAAAAAACCUAUUCAUUAUAUACAAAAAUCACAAAAAAAUGAUGUCUCUAAGUUAUGGAUUCUAGUUUAUUAAGUUACAAACUAUAAAUAACAAGAAGAAAAGAAGUUGUGCUAACGACUAACUUUAAUGAUGAGAAGAAAAAAAUCCAUUGUACAUUUGUAUUUAGUCCCCUUGUUUAUAAUACUUAUUAUCUUGUUAUUAAGUACCCGAUUUAUAUCAUUUUUUAUCAAAAAUUAUUAAAAAAUAAUUUAAAAAUAUAA